AAGUACAGACCACAUUCAAUUGAAAACUCCGCUGCAGAUAAGACGUAAAAAAAAACAUUCCGUGUCCAUUUUGUGCAAAUUAUUGUUUCAACUAUGUCCAGUUCACGACGAGGCACUCCAUCAUCCAAAUCAACCAUUACAUUGGUGAAAAAACCACCAAUAUCUAAAUCCAAGCGAGCUGGAGUCAUUUUCCCAGUUGUACGUUUGCGCAACAAGAUGAAAGCUGGCCAAUAUGCGAAAAGAAUUCAAGUUGGCGGUUCCGUUUACUUGGCCGGCGUGCUCGAGUACUUGACGGCCGAAGUGAUGGAAUUGGCCGGAAAUGCCGCGCGUGACUACAAACGAAAACGAGUGAUUCCACGGCACAUCUUGCUGGCGGUUAAAAGUGACGCCGAAUUAAGUUCGUUACUCAACGACGUAACGUUUUCACAGGGUGGCGUGUUGCCAUUCAUUCAUACCGUGUUGCUACCCAAACGGACUCAACAAAAGAAGUCGCAUGGCAGCGAGGAAAUGUGAUCACAUAUCGAAAGAAAUCAAAGCAUUUGUAAUGCUGAAAAUUUAACUAAUUUUUGACACGUGCUAUAACCUACCGGUUAAUAAAAUUUCGUACUAUAAA